GUACUGGAUGGAGAGCGAAGGCGAGCGUAAGCGCCUAGCCAGCAAUCAUUUCAUCGCCAAAGAUGCCAUGGGCGGCAAGCUCGUUCGGGCGCCCGUGGACUUCUCCCGGCCAGUGAAGAUUCUAGAUAGUGGAACUGCCGAUGGAACUUGGCUUCUGGAUCUCGCCUCAUCACUGCCGCCUCUCUCGGCCGGUACCCACGAAUUCGUAGGCACGGAUCUCAACCCGACACCUUUCCCACAAUCGGUUCCCUCAAACGUGACGUUUACCGUCCAAGACAUCAAGAAACCAUGGCCCGAGUCCCAACAUGGCCAGUUCGACCUCGUUCAUCAACGCCUAACCCUUCUUGGUGCUGGCCCCAACCCUUCUGCCUCCAUCUCUCACCUCUACGCCCUAGUCAAACCCGGCGGCUGGGUUCAGAUCAGCGAAGGAACCAUGGACUUCCCGCCCGACAUUGUGAAUAAAGAGCGGACGCCUGCAUAUAGUGACAUGCUCCAGCUGAUGCGCAGUGUUGCGGGAGUGGUCGGCGCCGAGUGGCACCUUGGCAGAUCACUCAAGGGCUUGUUAGAGGAGGCGGGUUUUACGGAUGUUGGCGAGGAAGAUGUGAUGCUGAACAUGGGUCGAACCAAUAAGGAUCCAGAGCUGGCAAAGGAGGGCGCAGAAAGCUGUGGUGUUGCAGUACAGGGCUUGUCCAAAUUCGCGAAAAACUUUCCACCCGAGAAACAGCCGCUUCCCUCUGAAAGAUACGAGACACUACCGGCGGACCUGGAGAAGGAACUCACGGAGAAAGGGGCGGUGUACCCAUUGAGAGUGGUAUGGGGCCGGAAACCAGAGUGAGGCUCCGGCGCCGCUCGAAAGAUUGCUCGGUAACCGGGAGCCAGGUGAACUAGAGAGAAAUUACUCUUUGAUGUAUGAAGAUUAAAGUAGAGAUCAAGACACAGACGCCCCUAGAAAGACCCUAAAGCCAUUGACGGACUUAAAGAAGACGAUGUUGUCAUUUGAUCACGGAAAAUCCAUAAGCACCCACGCAAUGAUCACGCCUCUUUUAUACCCUACUUGAUCCAUAAGAAGUACUUGAUAAAUAGAGACUUCGCGAACCUAGAUGUGGACUCAAAUGAAAAUCAUG